AUGUCUGUAUUUGAUAAAAUUAAAGAACGAACUAAAGAAUACAAUUUUACGGCAGAAGAAAUUGAAGUUCUCAAUCGUGCCAAGGCAAAAGUUUCUAUGCAUAUGAGAAUGGGUUCUUUGGCUGGUUUAGUCGUUGGUGGUGUUAUUGCAAAAGUUCAAAAACUUAGAAUUGCUGGUACUAUCUGGCUAUGCUUUG